GAGCUGUUCAAAAAAUUAUAAUGUUUAAUCGCAUUAAUUAAUAUUCAUCAUGGAUCUUUGAAAUAUCAGGCUGCAGACAGCAGAAUUGCAUGGCUGGGGAAUUAAACACCGCAACUAUCUUUGGUCUCUUGUUGGAGUCAUCAAUCAUUCGUCACCUAUUGAAACUGUUAUGUCGCCUGCAGUCCUCUAAUUUAUAAACUAAUAUCAGGAUGAAAAAAAGUUUGUUAUAGUUUAUAAUAUGUAUGUACCGGUGAAAGAACAACUUUGAUCGGCAGCUGGAGGAGUUCUCGUAUGAUCUUCCGUACUUUUGCACAUUUCAACCCAUCGUCACGUUCAUUUCAGAAAUGCAGGUCGAACAAGAGAACAGUAAAUUCAGUUUUGCCACGUGUCAAACAUUUUAACUCCAGGUCUCUUUUUUCUUUUUUUUUUUUUUUUUUUUUUUACAUUAACAUGGUUGCUACAGGACUAGAAAACUGGGAAAUGUCAGGGAAAUUUAAAUGGUCAGGGAAUUCAGGGAAAUGUCAGGGAAAAUUCUACGAAUUCUGGAAAUUUUACAGUUGCGUAUAAUUCAAACAAAGCUUUGUUUUGAUGCGCUCGUACCGCUACAGAACGACUCCGCUAAAAGGCUGCUGCUUAAGGCACACGGCAACUGCAACUUUUUUUUACUUGGUCUACGAUUGUCCGUUGCAAUAGGCUGUUACAACCACCCACCAUAACUUCUAUCCAAUCCAAGCACUCGUUUGUUCACUAGCGAAUCCAGGCCUUCAUUUGUUCGUGUUUUGCUCCUUUUUAAUUUGCCCUUCAGACUUUGUGUUUUGUUCCGUUCCAUGCAAUGAACUACAAAACGGGCAUGGCGUCGUUUAUCUUUUGAAGGCUAUUUUCACGUGGAAUAAGGUGAGUACAAAGCUUAUUACGUGAAUUCAAAGGCGUUGUUUCAGGUGAAGUUAGUUUUUGAUGCGAUCAUAAGAAAAUAAAGUGCAUUUUGAUAAAGAGGCAAUACCAAUUCUCAUUUUGAAAACUAUCAAGCUGAUACGAAAACAGGUGGCUUUUGUGUGCGGUUAUGUUUUUGCAUUUUUUCUCCCUAUUUUUUUAAAUUACUUUUUUUUUCAACCGUUAUAAUUUGUGAGUUCUUUUGUGUGACACAUAAUGUAUAAAAAAAUAUGCAUAACUGAACAUGUUUUUCCCCAGAAUCGUUAGUUAACAUUGUAAGUAGGCUAUUGCAUGUAGUAAUGCUGCUAUUGUAAUUCUCUAAGUAGGCCCGUUAUAUUGCUAGGUGUGAAUUUGUAAUAGUUUUUGUAUUUGUGUAGUUAUAUUUUUUUAAGAAUUCAUAUGCAAUAAUGUUUUAACCUAACCUGAAAAUAUUAAUAGGUACUUUUUUUUUAGCUUAGAGAUGUCGAAGAAAACUACUUUUAAGGAGAAUUGGCUCAAGGAGCCACAGUUUCAGCUUAUCAAACCCUCUGCUAAAAAUAUAAAUCUGCGUACUGCACUUUGUGCUACAAAAGUAUUCAACUCAGCAAUAUGGGCCGAAGAGCUCUCACCAGCCAUGUCGAAGGAAAAAAACACAUUUGCAAUUCUGACGUCUAAAUAACACAAUAAAAAAAACCUUAUUUUACCUCAUGUUGAAAUUUUUAUACUACAUUUAAUCAUAUGCACGUUAAUAUUUAUGGUAUGUACUUCAAAAGAAAGUCAGGGAAUUUUUCUCUUAAAUUUCUGGAAAACAGGGAAAAGUCAGAGAAUUCUAAGAUUCUAUUUCUGUAGCAACCAUGUUUAACAUUGUUCAUACGAGGAUCUGUCCGGUGAGGCCUUUCGUUUACCUUUUUUUUACAAAAUUGCAAAAAAUGUGAAACUUCCUAAACCCGAUUUCAGUAACAAAUUUGAGCAAACAUAAUGUCAAAAAAAUUGAAUCUUCAAAUAAUGUGAUUAUGCUAUCUGAGCAUUAUUCAACAUACAAAAAACACAUUCCAUGAGGUUAUAGAUUGAUAUUGCUGUAGCUUACAUGCUUUAAACAAUGUCUUGGGGUCAAUGUUUAAGGUUUGUUCAAUUAAAAGCUGAGUAGUGUGAUGGUACUGUACUUAAUGGCAGUUGUUUGUCGUUGGAACUCUGCUUGAUAGUGGAAUGUAAAUAUUGUCAGGAACGUAAUGUAAAUUUGAAAAUAAUAUUGCAGCUACCAUCUAAAUUAUCUGUGAAUGUCACUCUUUUUACAUGAGUUUGUUUUUAUCUUUUAAUACCUGCAAAAACAGGUUGAAUCUGUAGAAAUCAGCAGGCUUGAUGUAGUGUGUAGAUGUGGUGAUGAACCACUGCCCCAUCUCCCAGAAACCGGAAAACUCUAUAGUCGAGGCACAGAGUAUUAGUUGAAGGCAAAAGAGAGGUAAAGUUCCCUGUUACGUUCAUAUGUAUUUAAAGGAACACAAUUGUCAGGUUAUCUUAACGUUACAAUUUCAAUAACAAGGUUGCAAAAGAAAUUGAAUGGGUGCACGAACAAAUUAGAAAUACCACAAAGCAGGCUUUAAACGCGAACAAUACCGCCACGACUGGCAAAAUAAGAAAUACAACACAAUGACUGUAAAGCAAACUCAUAUAAAGUCUGGUUACAAUUAUUUAGAAUGUUGAAAACCAAACUGACCCAGCUAUAGUAAAAAAAGGGAAAGAACUGACAGGUUUUUCGCCUAGGGCGCCAAUUUACCUUGCACCAGCCCUGAUAGCUGGUGAUCACUGUAGCUCGAAGCGAGGCAGUCACCAGUGGCGUACAAGUGGAUCCAGCAGUAAGGUUAGGCUCCUUUCACACGAGGCGACUGAUCGCGGCGACUGAGCGUGGCGAUCAGUUGCCUUUGCUGGCGACUGUGCCGUUAGCGCAGGCAACUGGUUGCGGCGAUCGCCGAGUCAAAUAGAUUUCAGUUCGUCAUGGCGUCCAGGGUGGAAGAGGUUCUGCUGCUCCUCUUGCUUCUCAAGAAGAGAAAGCGCAGAUCAAGAAGAAGCAUGCAUGUGCAGCCUAUAUUAAGGUCGAGAAUAGAGCGGGGACUUUUUUUACAGUUUAUUUGACGAGCUGUUGUCAUAUGGAAAGAAAUUUUUUAAUUACUUUCGUAUGUCAAGAAAUUCGUUUGACGAAUUACUGUACUACAUAGAAUCCGAUGUGCAAGGAAUUGAUACAGUUAUGAGAAAAAGUAUUCCUGCUAAAGAAAAACUUGCUCUUACUUUAAGGUACUUGGGUGCAGGUUCAACAAUGACAGACCUUCACUUCCAAUAUAGGCUAGGAAUCUCUACAAUUUCUACCAUCGUCCGUCAAGUUUGCAAGGCAAUCUGGAUUCGACUGAAGCCGAUAUGUUUCCGUGAACUGACAGAAGAACUAUGGUUGCAAACAGCAGCACAAUUUUACGAAAGGACGAAUUUUCCACAUUGUAUGGCAGCACUGGAUGGGAAACACGUUCGCAUAAUCAAACCUGCUCAUAGUGGUUCUUUAUAUUACAAUUACAAAAACUACUUCUCAAUACUCCUCCUUGCUUUGUGUGAUGCAUCGUAUAAGUUAUUAUUUAUAGACGUAGGUGCAUACGGAAAAUCAUCAGACUCCACAGUGUUUAAAGAAAGCGUAUUUUUCAAGAAACUUAAGAACCAACAGCUCAACAUACCGGUGCCACAAGAAUCAUAUGCAGGAUUUGAUGGACCUAUGCCCUUUGUCUUUGUUGCUGAUGAAGGUUUUGGACUUUCUAAUAAUAUUUUACGGCCUUAUUCAGGUAAAUUUUUAAGUGUAAAAAAACGUAUAUACAACUACAGACUCUCCCGAGCGCGCAGAUAUAUCGAAUGCACGUUUAUCAUUCUCGUAUACAAGUGGCGUAUUUUUCAUAGGCCAUUAAAUGUUGACUUAACCCUAGCAGAAGACAUAGUAAGCGUGUGCUGUUUACUACACAACUUUGUAAAAGAAAGGGACGGGAUUCGCUUUGAGGAUACUUUAACAGUUGAAGGACUCCUUGAUAUGGAACCCGCUGGACGACCAACACCAAGACUUGCAAGCAAUGUUAGAGACAUGUUUGCCAAGUACUUCAUAAGUGCAGAAGGUUCCGUCCCUUGGCAAAUGGAACGUAUUUAAGAACCAUUUCAGAAAACGUUCGUCCUGAAAUAUAAUUUAUUAUUGUUGAAAAAUAUUUACUGUCGGUAGAGAAAUAGUUCCGUAUCACAACAACAUUGCAAGUCUACAACGCUAGCACAAAUUUCUCGAAUAUUAAAAGAACCAUUAAACGCAAAACAAAAUUUAAAACUAUUGUAAACUAUUUUCAAGAGGCUUUUAUAAGUGUGGACAAGUGUUUUGUCAAGAACAAAAAAAAUAUUUUCAGCCGCUACUUUAUUACGGACGUACUUUCAGUGUAGUCACUGCCUCAUACAUUUACAAAGCGUAUUACGUAUCACUAUAUCUAUAAACCAUUACCGUAAUGAAACUAGUAUAAAGUUUUAUCUUACCUAUUUCAUUUUUCUCUGGAGAUGGUUUUUCAUCGAAAUCACCGAAGAAUUUCGUUAUUACUUUGUGCCAUGCAUUUCCUUUUUCAAGUUUAUUUCCGUAUUCUUCAAGUGUACUGUUCCAAAUAGCCUCGUUGUUCUGUACUUCAUAAAUGAGGUCUUCAGUGUUUACUCUUUCUUCUAUUAAUAUAGUAAUAGAACGGUUCAUAUCAACACGAUGUGCCAUGGUUCGGUCACUUCACAACUAUGGGAACGGCAGACGCCACUCGCCAGUCGCGCCGACCAGUCGCCUCGUGUGAAAACGUGUAUCUGAUUACAUGUUUCAUAUCCAGUUGCGGCAACUGUAGUUGCGGCGAUCAGUUGCGAUAGUGAGCAACUGCAAGCGACUGUCGCCUGCUCGAGCGACUGCAGUCGCCUCGUGUGAAAGUUAUCAUACAAAACAAUGCUCCACUAAAAGUUGCGGGGAUCAGUCGCCGCGAUCAGUCGCCUCGUGUGAAAGGAGCCUUACUGUUGGAAACAGAUCUCUUGAAUGCCAAACGUUAUUGUGAUGGAGUUAACGAGCAGUUGAAGGCACAGGGAGGAGGGAAGGGAGCGGAGGGGCGGAGCAGGCGGGCGCCCGGCACCGUCCAAUCCGCGUGAAGCAGCU